GAAUUUAUAUGCAUUAUGAUUUAGAAUGUGCUAAGGAAAACAGGUUAAAAGUAUAUUUAAUGAAUAAAUCAUCAAACGUAUUUAUAUAUAAAAAAAAUACACAUAUUACUGGAAGUGAUAUGUUUGAAAAAUGGGAUAAUAUACUAUACAACAUUAAGAAAGAAGGUGGAACAGCAGGAAAAGUAACCAGAAAAAGAAUAUCAGAAAUUGUAAGACCAUUAGGUGAUCAAGUAAAGCGCAUUCAUGCGAAUGGAUUUAUAGUAGCAGGACAAGUAAAUCUCAAAACAGAUAUAGAAAUGUGUGAGUUAAAACUUGAGAAGAGAGGAGUUUGUACGAUAAAAAAUUGUAUAUCAAUUAUUUGGAAACCUUUAUAUCCUGAAAUUCCAAAUUUGAUUAUUUUCAAAAAAAAUGAGUUUCACUCUACAAAUAGUUUACCAGAUUUUAAAAAAAAACAACAAGAUAAAGAGCAAAAUACUGAGAUAACUAUAAAAAGGAAAUCACUAAAAAGGUUUGAUCUAAAUCUUCCGAAUGAAAUUAUAAUAGAAAUAUUUCAACAUUUACGAACACAAAAUGAUAAAUUAGACACAGAGUGUCUUGUUUCGCAGUGUACUAAUAAUGAAUUAUUAUCCUUAGUUUUAUAUGUUAAUAAACGAUGGAAUGAAUAUAAAUUAGAACUUAUCAACACCCGAGAAACUUUACGUGUUGCUGAGGCAUGGAAUAUAGAUAAUGAAUCAAAUUCAGAAGAAAAUUUUGAUGAAAAUUUUCAGGAUAAUAAUACUUCAGAUUCAAAUAUGACUACAAUAUCAGAAUUAGUCUAUGCCAUAGAUGACUAUUUAGAUAAUACUAGAAUAAACAGACCU